AAAAACAGGCUUCAUGUAGUUGGUUAGAAAUCAUCGCAGAAAGCUGUCUGGAGGGUAUUUGUGCACGGAAUAACUUACGCGGUACCGGUGCAGCUGACGGUAGCUAUGUUUAUGUAGCUAGCAGCGCUGCUAACAGUUCAUCAGCUGUUGGUGGUCUGUAGGGGGCUUACUGAGGAUAGUUAGUCAAUAAACCGUAGUAGAUAAGUUAUAACUUAGUGUAGGUGGAUAGUGCAGUUAGCAAAGACUGCAUGCCUUCAUUACUCUAGCAAACCAACUGACCACAGCUAUAUAUAAAAAAAAGUGGGUCGCUACCGAGACCUGACCUGUUCAUGUUGUGGUAAAUUGGCCUCUUUGAAUGUGUUCACCUAAGUUUAGACAGUUUAUCACAGAAACUUAGUCGGUUAUCUUUCCCCUUGUAAGUAAUCUGCUACAGGCUGAUUUACAACUUCCUUGUCAGACUUGUGACUGUGUGUAAAUUCUUAUCUUUCCGUGUCUCUGGGAUUUGUCGCUGAUUAGCGAGGGCAGUGAUACCAUGUGGAAGUCACAUGAGCGCAGAGGAUGAGGCAGGAACAACCAGAGGGCAGUUUGAGGAGUGAUCGGCUGCACCGUGUCUGCCCCACGGAGGGGGUCUGCUGCUUGUAAAGAGCCUGCACAAGCAGCCCCUCCUCGGCCUCCCUGUCCUGAACAUUUACGAUGAACAGUACUACUGAGCCCCCUCCCAGCAUAGAUGGGGAUGUGGCAGUCACCUAUGUGCUGGUGCCAUUUCUCCUCAUAACCGUUCUUGGAAUAGCUGCAGCUGUGAUUAUGUAUAUUCGUAGGAAAAGGAGAAUUGACAGACUUCGUCAUCAGCUGUUGCCGGUUUACACAUAUGAUCCCUCAGAGGAGCUCAAUGAAGCUGAACAAGAAAUCUUGUGGAGAGAGGAGGACACAAGGAUUGUACAAGGCUGGGCCAGAAGUUAUCAACAGCGACGCCCUCUUCUGACCAAAGACGUCAAUGCUUGAUGGUAGUAAAGCUGGCAUAGAAAACAUUGUCAAUGAGGAGGCAACCUUCAGCCACACAGAUCAGUCAUUUUUAAAGCCAUGCAGUUGGUUUUUCUUUACUCUCGUUUGCCAUUAUCGCUGAAUACAUCAGCGACAUUUUCUAUUUCCUGUGUAAUGUACAGAAUGACUGUUCAUUUGUGAAGUCCCGAUGCCACUCCUGUGUGCCUAACAAACGCAGUACCUUAUUUAUUUGAAAUUAUUUAUUCAGACAUGUUUUUACUGUGGUCUUCAGCGAUAUGACUCAGAGUUCAGGAAGUUGGACGAUACAGGUUUGUGUAGGUUUACUCUGUUGUUUAUAAUCAUAUUGUUGCUGUGGGCAACGUGUGGCAAGCAGUUGUUCCUGUGGGUUGCAGUAGGCAUUUGUACUGACUAUAACAUAGCGGCUGUGUUUGGUGUGGUGAGAGUAUGAAUGUUGUGCACUAGUUAAAAUCAGCACUGCUGCUGUAAGAGGGUUAGUGAGCAUUGCUUAGAUUGGAUUUUGUGUUGAGGUUGUUUGCAGUGCUUUAUUUGAUGAAAUGCCUCCAGUGUUGAAGUCAACAUGUGUUGACUUGAAACACUGCAAUAGCACUUUCAGAAGAGUUUUAAUCUCAAAGCCUCGUAUGGAUAAAGUGAAAUUAGCUCCUAAGAUCAAGCUUUGUUUCCGUUUCAUUUUGAGUCAAAAGCUUGAACAACCCACUUUGGUUUUAAUUUGCUUAUUCAAUUUAACCAGCUGCCCUGCAAUUCACAUCUUUUUGUGGUUUAGCCAAAUCCUAUGACUCCUAUCAGUGGCAUGAAAAGCCAGAUAUGGAAGCAAAUAACACCAGGCUCCUCUCAUCCCUAAAAUGAGGUGUGACUAGUGCCCAAAAUAUGUCCUGUCUACAAGGCAUGGCACCAGCAAAUUUACCUCCAGAUGAAGAAUCUGCUCAGAUGAAUUCCAUAGGUCUGACUGUAUCAAGCACUCAGGAAACCUUACCCUUUUUUCCCUGAAAGAAUUGUAACCGUUCCUGGCCUUUAUUUGCCUUGCGUGUGAAUGUAAACUAAGAACAAUAGAACUGUUUAACUGUCCUUGAAUGGGGACAUUACUCAGUUCAGUAGUUAAUGUAUUGUAAAGAGCAGCUAAUACUCAAACUUGUGAUGUUAUCAGGUAUGACAUUUAGAGGUGCUUGAGUAUGAGCCUUUAUCUAAAUGCUUCAUGAUCAUUUCUGGAGCUGAAAUCAUCUCAGUGCUCCCCGAUCAUAUUUCCAUCUCACCGUUUUUAUCUGCAUCAUCUAGUGACGCUUUUUCAUCUAAUGUGAAAAAACAAUGAAAUGAGCCAUUCAGAAUUUAGAGUGUACAAAAUGUGUGAUCGGAUUUGCACUGAACUUUGCGUGGAAGGCUCGGGUUUCACUUGACAAGUCAAAGAACUACUGAUGUAAUUUUGGCAGCACUGUUUCUCCUUUUUAGACUGUUGGACCAUGCUGCUUUGAGAGAAAUGCUGUUGAUUGAGACACUGAAGGUGUAAAUAAAAUAAUAUAACUUU